GAACUCCUUGAUAGAAAUGAAGGUUUGAAGACACUUGUUGAGAAAUAUAAUCGGAGAUUUCACGUGUUCAACAAUACGAUGAAAGGACCAAGUGACCAAGCUAGAUUGCUUCUUGUAAAUAUUCACCAAAAAUCUUUGGGGCUAAAGAAUGGAGGGAGGAUGACCAGACAGAUUCCUGUCCGACCAAACACUUGUAAUGAACCAGAGAACCCUGCUGACAGCCUCUCAUCCAGAAGGAUUGUUCUUAUUGGUAAAAGUGGUGUUGGCAAGAGUGCACCUGGAAACACAAUACUGGGACAGAAAAAGUUCAAAUCUGAGCUUUGUAUGGAUUCAGUUACCAGUGAAUGUUCAGAGAAACACGGCAUUGUUUCAGGCAGAUCUGUGUCUGUAGUUGACACGCCUGGAUUAUUUGACACACAGUUGACACAUAAGGAGAUAAUGAUGGAGAUAGCAAAAAGUGUGUAUCUAUCCAGUCCUGGACCUCAUGCUUUUCUCAUUGUGUUUCCUGUGAAUAUGAGGUUCACUGAACAUGAGCAGCAGAUUCCUCAGGUGAUUGAGUUGAUGUUUGGUCAGGAGGUGUUAAAAUACUCCAUCAUUCUCUUCACUCAUGGAGAUCUGUUAAAAGGAAAGCCCAUAGAGGAACUCGUUAAUAAGAACGCUAAAUUAAGGCAUCUAGUCCAGCAGUGCGGAGGCAGAUUUAGCGUCUUCAACAAUGAAGAUGAGAAUAAUAGAGAGCAAAACACAGAUCUACUGCAGAAGAUUGACACAAUGAUAGAGCAAAAUGAUGGAUACUACAGUAAUCAGAUGUAUGAGGAUGCUCACAGAUUCAGACAAAUGGAGAAAAGAGGAGAAAGAGAGAGGAAGAAGAGACAAAACUACAAGUGGAGAAACAAAUACAAGAGGAGACUGAGAGAUUGAUGAAGGAGAAAGAGCAGAGAAUCAGAGAAGAGAUGGAAGCUAAACAGAGAUCUGAACUAGAAAGAGUGAACAGAGAGACA